AUGGACUCAGCACCUCUUCUCCAGAACACCGAUGGCCUCCCCAGCCCAAAUGUGAUGCAGGAUCAUCCUGCCUUCCUCCGAGCAUGUCAUUCCCCAUGGUCUUUCAUCCCUCAGAAUGUUCUCGUCAUCUUGCGAGGUAUCGUUCUGGCACUCGUUACUGCCGUGGGGAUUCUGGUUCUCAACUUCGAGUUCCACGAGCACACUGAGUACUCCAAGUGGCGCAUCAUCUUCGACUUUGCCAACCUUAGCUUGUUCUUCGUAUUCCUGUACGAGCUGAAGACCUUUGGUUGGACCUUUACCCAUCUGUAUUAUCCGCAUCAUCAUGACCGACAUAUGGGCGGCAUAGAAGGAUGGAUCAUCAAGAGAAUGUCGCUUCCACAUCACAUGGGCAACAUCCGCAAACAGUUCUAUUUCAUCCUCUACUACACCCUCUGUGAUGUUUUUGCCUUUGCCAAUUCGACCAUCUACUUCUUCAUCACUCGUGAGCACAAAUCUGAGGGAAAUACCAGCGGAGAGCCUCAACCAGACCGCCACCCACCAUCAAAUAGCACCAAAACGCCUAUCUGGGCUGGGUACGCCGAGCAACCCCCAGAAGCUCCAUUCGAGGACAUCUUUGGCGAAGGAUGGUUCCGGGCCUUCAUCAUCCUCUCCUUGUAUGCGGUUGGAUCUGGUGUCAUGGUAUUUGAGAUUCUUUUCCUCAACAGUAUCCGACGUCCAUAUACUGUCGGCAUAUACCUGAUCGCCAUCACAUUCUGCGCUACGAUAUACCUCGGUUGGGCUGCGUUUGGUCGCUUGGUCACCGACUACUGCGCUUUCUUCUGGCUCGACAAGAACGAAGUUGGCUCAGACGAAGCCAUUACCCUCUACUCAAUUGGGUUCGUGUUUUUGAUGCCCAUCAUGUACGUCCUGGCGCAGGGUCUCAUCGCUUGCCGGGAGUCCUUUACACGAUCCAACUCCGAGGCGCGCGCAAUCGCUGCUGCACAAGCGGCUCUCGAUUCCUGA